UGGCUGCAGGAAUUUUAUAUAAAACAGUCUUGGUUAAAACAUCAGUGGCUGCGGAAACAAAGGAUUAAAGAUAAGAGAAAAUACUCUCAGCCGUGACCCGGGAAUCGGAGUUCCAUACCCAUCGGAAGAGAAAUGGCGGAUACACAAAGGUUCCGAGUCUGCAAAAAGAGAGUCCAGUUCUAUUUUAUGUUGGCUACCGUUUGGGAGGCGGUUUCUGGGCAAAUUCGCUAUUCGAUUCCCGAGGAAAUGCAGAAAGGCUCCAUUGUGGGGAAUAUCGCAAAGGAUCUGGGACUGGAUAUAAAGGAGCUAACACACCACGGAGUCCGCAUUGUUUCCACAGGUAGGACUCAGUAUUUUGCUUUGAAUCUUAAGAGCGGCCAUUUAAUCACCACAGAAAGGAUAGACAGAGAGCAGAUCUGUGGCCGUAUCGAGAAGUGUCUCUUAAUUUUUGAGGUUCUUAUUGAGGAUAAAGUGAAGCUUUUCGCAGUUGAAGUUGAAAUCACAGAUAUUAAUGACAAUGCUCCCACCUUCCAAGCGAAUGAGCUAGAGUUAAAAAUUAGUGAGAUUACAGCUGUGGGGACCCGGAUUUCCCUGCAGGAGGCGCAGGAUCCAGAUGUGGGAAUUAAUUCCAUCCAGAGCUAUCAACUGAGCAAUAACAAACACUUUUCUCUGGAUGUGCAAACUGGAUCUGAUAGUGUUAAAUAUGCGGAACUAGUGCUGGAAAAGUCUCUGGACCGGGAAACGCAGACUGUCCAUAAAUUAACUCUCACAGCAGCUGACGGGGGAGAUCCAGUCAGAUCUGCCAUUGCUCAGAUCCGUGUUGUGGUUGUGGAUGCCAAUGACAAUGCACCGCUUUUUACUCAGCCGGUCUAUAAAGUGGGUGUUUUGGAAAACGCGCCUCGAGGGUCCUUGAUAAUUACAAUACACGCCACUGACCGGGAUGAGGGACAGAAUUCUGAGGUGACCUUUUCAUUUAGAAAAAUUACAGAAAAGGCGUCUCAGAUAUUCCAGCUUCACCCUAGGACAGGAGAAAUAUCAACGAUAGGUGACCUGGACUACGAGGAAGCUGCAUUAUAUGAAAUGGAAGUGGAGGCAAAGGAUAUUGGAGAUCUCUCCGCCAGGUGCAAAGUUCUGAUAACGGUUAUUGAUGUCAAUGAUAAUACCCCGAAAAUUGCAAUCACUUCCCUGUUCAACUCAGUCUCUGAAGAUUCUCCCUCUGGAACAGUAAUCUCGAUAUUAAAUUUGCAAGACGGAGAUUCCGGCCAGAAUGGUGAGGUCACGUGCUCCAUACCA